CAGCAAUGUCUGGUGUAACAACGAUACUCAACCAUUACCGACAGGUAGAAGAAAUUGACAUUUCCAAAGUAAUAGGAAACAAUAUUCAAUACCAACAACGCCUUUACUGUAUCGAGGCCGCAGUGUUCAUGGUCUCCCAGCAUGUAGCGAGUUAUGGCUCAUUAGCUCAGCUCAGCUCAGCUCGGCUCAGCCCAGCAUCCUCCCAGGCAUUCUCUAAAGCCGACUCGCAGUCCAGUUUAUGGGGGGGGGGCAGAGCUGUGUCCGCCUUGUUGCCUACCCUGCUUCUUCCCAAGCCACUUGAACCAAAGGACAGGGAUGACGAUGCAAUUGUAUUGGAUGAAAGAAGCAAGCUUCAUUGCCGGGGCUCCCCGCGUAUAGACGGGCGGGGGAUGUCUUCUCUCUGAUGUAGGUACAGUACAUACUACAUACAGGACUUGUAGUACCGAAGACUCACAACUCCCUGUUCAUUCCUCAUCAUCUCAUCGGAUUCAAAAAAGCCUUACCAGAUUACGGAGCUUACCCAGCUUCUUAGGCACCGCCCGGAAUAAGAUCAUCCACUACAAGACAACUCUGCUCAUCUUUAGUGCAACAGCAGAUCCCCCCAUCCCCAGGCCCGGGUGCCACGGACGCAUACAUACAUGCAUACAUACCUACUGACUUGACUGACUACCUGCAUCGCUUGCGUUGGAUGAAUACAACCCAACACCUUUGGUCCACUUACCUCUAACCAAGCCCCAAGUCCUAGCCCAGGCCUUGAGUCCUACACACUCUUGUCUUAUUCGCCCUAGGACAGCAUCCUCACGAGCUGCCUCCCCAGCCGUUGAACUCAUCUUCCAGUGGUGAUAAACCCCAAAACAAACUAUAUCGACUAUGGGUGGCGCAUACGUCUGAUUGUCUCUUUAUUUGGGGAGGCUGAUACUAUUGUAAUCUCUCGCCUCUUUCACCAUCCUUGGAGUGCCUGCUUGGUCUUACUUGGAUCGCCUUUUAAUUGCGACAGCCCAACAAGCUCAACUUCGCAGUACAAGCUUUGCUUACAGGGUCUGGGAGUCGAAAACAAAGCUUUUCUCUUGACUCUCGAAAUGGAGUCAAAAAAACGUUUGUCCCUGGAUGGGACAAACUCUGGUUCGGGACCUUCAGCCCUACGCCGGCUCACUCGAAGCCCCAGUCAUCGUAUAAGUCUUCGGCGAUCAAGCACUGAAUCCACAUCAUCAUCCUCCGUCUCCUCGAUCGCAUCAGAAGACAAUGAGGCAUCACCAAAAUCUUGUGUGUAAGAGACGAUUUUCCCUUUCAUUCAUCUCAACAAGUCCCUCCCGACUCAUUGGUGCAAUAGGACCCGUGGUACUUCAAGCGAUGACUGCGCUCUUCAUCGAUUCAUCGUCUGGACUGCAGUCAAACGCAAUGAGUGCGACAGAAUGACCUCCCAAGAGAAGCUGGAGUGUCCUAUGCUGCGCUGCCGCAAGCGAUUUGCCAACCACGAGCUCAUGCUCCAGCACCUAUAUUCGUGUAGCUGGCUCUCCACGAGUGAGUAUUGGUGUUACGAAUGCGGGAAAUCCGAACGAUUCAACGAUUCCAAGUGCAAGCGAUGCCUGGGUCACCCAUCACGAAGAAAGAAGAUACUGUCCAUGGCAAAGAGCUUCUUCAACUCCCUCGGCCACAAACCUAAGAGCUCAGCCCUGGAGGAUCUUGACCUUGACAGUGACAUCGGUGAAACUGAAGCACCACCCAGCUACGACCUCGCAGUGGCACCAAGUGAGCUCGAGCUACCUACGAAUGAGAUCCAUGAGAUUGGCUCCAGUGGGAUAGUUUUACAGCCCAUACUGGAGAAUGAGAACGAGGCAGAGAUAAGCCCGGCCCCCAUGCUCACCCCUUACACCUCAUCGCUGCCUACACAGCACCAGGCACAGACUCUGCCUGCUCACCCCGCCGAGCUCGAAUCAGAUGCAACCCUCAGCGAUCCCCUCGAUUUCAUGCUGUCGCAAGGCACUGUUGUCCCUGUAAACCUCAUCGACCCCGGCUGCAACAUGACUUCCGUACGGCCCACCCUUCAGCUUCAUACAGAAGGUCUAGAAGAGUACCGCAGGGAACAAAAGAGACGCAGUAAGGGCCAGGUUGCACCUAGCACCUCGGUUCGCUCGACAGCCAGUACAAACUCCACGUCGAGCACAAAUACGACGGACACUACUUUCAGCAGAGAAAGCUACAAUAUCUCCCCCAUCUCAUCGUUCUCUGAUCAAUGGGCAAGUGCACCAGUCUUCGACUCAGACUUCUCCUCCACUGAGAAUGACUUUGGAAGCCCAGGAGGCCUCCUCAGGACGAACUCGUUCGCCAUAUCUCACAAGGCACCCGCAGCCAAGGGCUGGAACUCGCUCGAAAACGAGGCAGUCAUGUCCUAUGACUCCCAACCGACUGAACUCCCCACAAACAUCCACAUGCUUGAUGCCUUGCCUGCCACUAAGUCUGAUACUACGAAUCUCAACCAGCCCGCUUUCGCAUUGGAUGACUCUUUCCUUUCCUCUACUUUCGACCUCGAUGCAAACAUUGCCCUCAUCGACAAUAAUGUCACGAUGCCACCGUCCCUCCAUCCCAUACCACCUCAACCGAAGGCCGAGUCCUAUCAUAACCCUCGGUCUCUGAUCAGCACGGCAUGGAGUACUCUUCAGAUGCAUGUCGCUGGCUCUCUGACCAAACUUCACCAUAUCACCAAGAACCACCUUGUCAUACAGCUCAGAAAUCUUACGGCUCCAGUGAUAGCUACAAAGGGACUCGAAACUCUCAUGGAUAUCAUCGAAGGUCGACAGCCGACUGUUCCCACCGAUGUCCUCUGUUUUGUUCACUUGGUCUACUGUUUCUCACUUAUUGUUCACGAGCAAGACGCUGCAAACAGAUCUUCCGAUCUUUUUGUUCAAGCGAUGUCGUACAGCGCCUUGUUUUCACGUCAAGAUUGCCAGCUGUACAUACAGAUUGUCGAAACUCUGUGGAAACCAGCUGAUAUGAGCAAUGCUGACCUCGUGAACUUGGUUCGAGCCAAGACAUCAUCAAUGUCACCCUCGCCUGGCUCGAAGGGUAAAGGAACCGAGUCCGGAAACAUGAUCUCCGCCAGUGUCGACUCGCUAGCGUUUUUAGCAAUGUAUUUCUUAGACCAACUGGAAAUUGCUACCAUCCAUAUGGUAGACGACACAGAAGUUCUAUCAUCUGAUCUCUUUUUGGGCCACUGCAAUAGCCUAGACAGGGCGCACAUGGAUUCGACACAAACCAUGACUGCAAAUCUCGUACUCAAGCACAACUUUCAACUUUAUACUCAUUAUCAAGCCUUUGCAAAUGAUCUGGACAACAUCGCUCGUCGCACCAACUCGGAGCAGAUGCCACCACGGCGCUUAGAACUCGAGCUUAUGGAGUGUGGAAAGAUGUACCUACCUCCAGACGUUUACUUCGACGGCUAUAUCCACUUUGUUCGAGAACAGAUGGAUUCUAUUUAUUGCACAGCUACACCAGAAGGCUCUUACCGGGCUUUCUAUUACCGGCAAUGCAUUGAGCUUAUCAAGACUGUUAUUGGUGCCCCGUUACAAUCGAUGUCUGAGCACGCAGUUCAAAACAGCUCAGUGACGCAGGAUGGCUUUGAUGAUAUCGAUGAAUACUUCAAUGUCAUGUCGCCGAACAACUUCAAUUUUAGCUCGGUUGGCCCAUUUGAUGCAGGGCAACCUUUGGACUUCUCAUGCCUGCCGAACACAAUUGAUCCUGGCACCUUGAACCCGCUACCACUUCCUACGCCUGCAGACACGAAUUCGGUGCAGGCAACUUCAACGGCCGCAAAUUCACCUCCUUCUCCAGCUCCAGCAGCAUCCUCCUCCUCAUCAACAGCAAAAAUCAGGUCGGACAGUAGUUGCAAACUGUGCGGAUAUACACCUGAAGGUGAUCCUCGAUGGUUCAGCGGCAGUAUGGCCAAGCACAUGAAACUACAACACUCAACAAAACCUCCCACCAUCUACCGCUGUCCAUAUCCCGGCUGUACAAGUCAGUACAAGAAUAGACCAGACAAUUUGCGCCAACACCAGAUAGAGAAGGGUCACUUUCUAGAGGGACAAGACGUUGUCAAGCGAUCGAACAAGCGACGCAAGAUCGAGUGACGUUUGAUGCCAAGAUUUGCACAUGCAGUUGUUUCUUGCAAGAGGCCCUUGGUGGGACAGACACGAAGGGGUACAAUGCCGAUAUAUUCGUUUUGCUUCCUCGACUUUCCUUAUUAUUGUUUAUAGACAACAUAUGCGUGGCGUUUUGGUUGAAAACGAGCACUAGAGUGCUAUUUUGGAAACAUACCUUGACGGGCGUAACGCAUCUUCGUUAUCAAACACAGUGGAUAUCAAUAUACGGUUAUUACAGCGUAUGCUCAUAUCACGUUGACAAAUUUAAUACAGAGUUGCUUCGUUCAUUUCGACAGGAUGCCUGC